AUGUCAGUCAACCAACUGCUGGAUCUUCAAUUUCAGCUGAAGUUUGUGGCGAAACAAUUCGCAAAAAAUGCCACACGAUGUGAGAAGGAACAAAAACAAGAAAUGGCUAAAUGCAAGCGUGCAAUGGAAAAGGGAAAUAUGGAUGGGGCUCGCAUCUUUGCACAGAACAGUAUUCGAAAGAAGAACGAGUCACUGAACCAUCUGCGACUUGCUGCUCGCAUGGACGCUGUGGUUUCACGCCUGGAUACAGCUGUGAAAAUGAAGAUGGUAACAAAGGGAAUGGGUCAAAUGGUAAAAGGUAUGGAUAAGGUGUUGAACUCCAUGAAUCCAGAGGCCAUCUCAACACUUAUGGAUAAAUUUGAAAAGCAAUUUGAGACGAUGGAUGUUACAUCGGAAUAUAUGGAAAACGCUAUUGGGCAAACUACGGCAACAAGUAUGCCAGAGGAUGAAGUUAACACAUUAAUGGCGCAAGUAGCGGAUGAACAUGGUUUGGAUAUUAAGGAACACUUAAAUGAUAGGUUGAAAAUUAGCAAUAAAAAUCCUGUUGAAGUUAAUACAAAACAAACAGUAGAGGAAGAAGAUGAUUUGGAGGCACAGUUUGCACGACUACGAGGAAUGUAG